AGCCCUCUCCAUCCAGUGAGCCAGGACUGAGAGGGCACCAGGGGCCAUUGUAAGCAGUCUUAGGGUGAGCCCAUGAGAACGCAUCGCUAGGGCUCUGACAUGACAAUGCCUGCCUGCCCUCUGAGGGCUACAGGACUUGCCCAGUUGGGAAACAGCUAAGCACCCAGGGGCCUGCCAUUCCUUCAGCUAACAUUUCCUGAGCAUUGUGCUAGAGACUGGACAUAAAGGGUUUGAACAAUUGACCUGGACUUAGCCCACAGCCCUGUCCUCCAUCACGGCCACUUCACCAUUCUGGCUGACUAGGAAGAUGUUUCCCUUCAAGGUGAGCAAAUGGAUGGGACUCUCUUGCUUCCGGUCACUGGUCUCCUCCUCUCCCAAUAUUCGCCUGAAGAAACUAAUCCACAAGUUGCAGGAGGAAAAAGCUUUUAGAGAAGAGAUGAAAAUUUUCCGCAAGAAAAUAGAAGACUUCAGGGAAGAGAUGUGGAAUUUUCGAGGCAAGAUUCGUGUUUUCCGGGGCCAGAUCUUGGGUUUUUGGGAAGAGGAGAGUCCUUUCUGGGAAGAAGAGAAAACCUUCUGGAGAGAGGAAAAAGCCUUCUGGGAAAUGGAAAAAUCUUUCCGAGAAGAAGAGAAUACCUUUUGGAAAAAAUACCGUACCUUCUGGAAGGAGGAUAAGGCCUUCUGGAAAGAGGACAAUGCCUUAUGGGAAAGAGACCGGAACCUUCUUCAAGAAGACAAGGCCCUAUGGGAGGAAGAAAAGGCUCUAUGGGUAGAGGAAAGAGAUCUCCUUGAGGAGGAAAAGGCCCUGUGGGAAGAUAAAAAGUGCCUCUGGGAAGAGGAAAAUGCCCUCUGGGAGGAAGAGAAAGCAUUCUGGGUAGAAGAUGGUGGCCAUAUUGCUGGGGAGCAGUUGCGUGAAGAUGGGCCCUACAACAUCAAUGGAGGGCAGAGAUCACCCGUCUUCUCCCGAGGCAGGGCAUAGUGAGCACAGGAGAUGCAGAGACAUGGGGUCCAGGCUACUGGAUUGGGAUUCAAGUCCAGGGACCCAUGUACUGGAGAAAACAUGCACAUAUUUGUCUCCUUGUUCUGAAAGAUCUAAUAAAAUCCUGAGGAGAGGUUUGGAAAUCAACUCUUCAAGGAAGGCCAGCUGUAUUAUUAUUAUU